GUCAUGAUCGAAAUUAUAAGCGACCACUCGUACACGAGUCAAGCGAUGUUGGUGUGUGGCACCCUAACGGGUUAUUUGAUUAUCUGCUGUACUUUGCUCAUCGGUCAUCUACUCGGCGCAGUUAUUGAUAAGCGCAUCGACUGUCUCUUCAGCAUUGGCGCAAUCAUAAUGUUUAUCGCUUCCGGCACCAUUGUGGUAGAUCGUUGGUGCAGCCAAUUCCUACAUCCGCAGGAUCGUAAUGCCAUAAAGGGUGCUGGCGCAUUUAUGCUAAUCAAUGCAUUUAUGUUUCUCGCCGACACCUUUAUUAUCUUACGCAGUUAAAUAUCAUUAUAAAUUCUUAAUUUUAUAUAUUUUAAGUUCAUUUACUAGCUUUGAAUUAAGCUUACAAGAGUGUUGAAAAUGUGCCAAAGUUGUGUUAAGUGUUUAUAAUGGUUAAUGAAAAUUAAUAAUAAAAAUAAAAUUUAAAAAAUAAUAAUAAUCGUAAUUCAUUAAAAAGAAAUCAUGCAUCAAGUCAUCCAUUAAUAAGUUUUUUAAAAAUAUGUAUAUAAAUCAAUGUUGUUGCCCCAUUUUGUUUCUAGGGCAUCGCGAUCGCCUGCAUUGUGCUUUGGGAGAACUCUGGUGCGUUGUCCUCAAGACCGCUGAUUGUCUGCGGUACACUCGGUGGUUUCAC